AACUCAGUCGCAGUCGAGAAGGUAGCGGAGGAAGGUUGCGAGGUGGAACAGCAGCAGUUCAGUUCGUUUGAGAGUUUGAAUACGGCGCACGUUACUCGCUGAACUAGUGACCACUGCGUGCUGCCGACUUUCAGGCGCAGCGUUGGUUCCGGAGUUCCCUCACAGGUAGCACUUUUAUCAUCACUCGCUCGCUCACUCUCGCAAUGAAUAACAAUGAAGCCGGGCUGGAGAGUGGCAGUGGCAGUGCGGAAGAUCAAGACGAGAUGGUGGCAACGGAGCGCGAGCUAGCAGAAGACGCGCAAUGGAAGCGUAUUCAACAAAAUACAUUUACUCGAUGGGCGAAUGAGCAUUUGAAAUCUGUCAAUAAGCACAUUGGCAAUUUGGAAACGGAUUUAUGUGACGGAUUACGCCUCAUCACUUUAAUUGAAGUGUUGUCCGGCAAGCGGCUACCAAAACACACCAAACGUCCCACCUUCCGUUCCCAGAAGCUUGAAAAUGUCUCUGUAGCUCUUAAAUUUCUAGAAGACGACGAAGCAAUCCGGAUUGUCAACAUAGAUUCUUCUGAUAUAGUUGACUGUAAAUUGAAACUCAUCCUUGGUUUAAUAUGGACACUCAUCUUGCAUUAUUCCAUCUCCAUGCCCAUGUGGGAAGGAGAGGACGAAGGACAAUAUGGAGAAGGAAAGGGACCUACACCAAAACAAAGGUUGAUGCACUGGAUCCAGAGUAAAGUUCCUGAUUUACCCAUCACAAAUUUCACAUCUGAUUGGAAUGAUGGUAAAGCUGUGGGAGCACUUGUUGACGCUGUCGCACCAGGACUAUGCCCUGAUUGGCAGGAUUGGAAUCCAAAAGACUCUGUUCAAAAUGCUUCUGAGGCAAUGGGUCUUGCAGAUGAUUGGCUCAAUGUUAGACAGUUGAUCAAGCCAGAAGAAAUGGUAAAUCCUAAUAUUGAUGAAAUGUCCAUGAUGACAUACUUAUCCCAGUAUCCCAAUGCAAAAUUAAAGCCUGGAGCACCUCUUAGACCACGCACAAAUCCCAACAGGCAACUUAGAAAGUUGUUUGUUUGUGAUUUGAAUUGGACCAUCAGAUUUUCAAAUAAAAUUUAUAAUUACAUCAAGUAUUUUUCUUUUCAUCCAUUUUCCAUGUUAGAAAAAAGUUCAAAAGUUUUCAAAAAGGAGUAUUAUGCAAUAAUUUUGCUUGCUGUAGUUAAUGAAAAUUUCAUUGAAAUUGUAGAAUAG